CAUUAAAUUGGAUGGUCCGAGAAGUUAGCCACAUUAGAUUUUCAUAGAACGUUGAUUUGAAGUUUGGCAGUGUUGCCAUGUGAUUAUAAUGUAUAAUAUGUUGCACGCUUCAAAUAUACAGAGAAAGCUUUAAAAACUAUCUUUUUUACAUUAUUUUGUGGAUUUUGCUAUUUUUUAAUGUAUGUAAAAUACGAAAGAAUAAAUAUUUGUUGUUUGUUUUGAUAUUAAUUGCAGUUAUUAUUAGAAAUUGUUUUGUGGCAAUUAUCCUGAUAGGUUACUGAGUAGAUUUGGCAAUAGAGUGAGAACGUUUAAAUUUGCGUUUGCCAGAUUGCACAGAUGUUCCGCAGAUAUACAUUUUAUGACUUUCUUUCUAUUAUAUUAUAUUUCUUUUUAUUAUUUUAUUAUUUGGAAUGAAUGUACCUGAAAUGCUUUUAGUUACUGAAAAGUGUUUACUUCGUCAGUACGUUAUUUUUGUGUUCAUUUUGUAUUUUUUGAAAUAUUAAAAUGCCUACAACUAUUGUAGCACGUGAAAGACUUUUGAACAUAGCGCAAAUGCGGGAAGAGCGAUUCACUUUAGGGGAAAUAUGUACAAAUUUUGCGGAUAAUUUUAACGCAUUAGUGUGGUGCGCGAUGCGGUUACUAAUUAAAAAUAGCAUUCUGUGCAAUCUAUGCAAUAUUAGUAAGAACUUAAUUAAGCGAAAUUCCUUGUCGGACGGAUACAUCUGGAAAUGUAAUGGAUGUGGUCAGCGUACUUCGGUAAGAGAUGGUUCGUUCUUCUCCAAAAGCCUGCUACCGUUGAAGAAAAUGAUAGUCAUCAUUUACGGCUUUGCAAAUGACUUCCCACAAACCCAGAUCAAGAUUGAAUCUGGGGUUGGAAGUCCCACUAUUGUCGACUGGUGCAAUUUCUGUCGAGAAGUGUGCACGCAGAUAUUUGCAAGAGCACCCUGUGGAAAUUGGAGGAUUCGAUGAAAAUGGUCAACCCAUUACGGUAGAAAUUGAUGAAUCCUACUUCUUCCCCAGGAAGUACAAUAGAGGUGCUUACAGGCCCGGACGCUGGAUUUUUGGUGCUGUGGAGAGGAAUAGUGGCAAAUUAUUCGUGAUACCGGUGGCAGCAAAAAGCGAGGAAAUACUAUUGCCCAUCAUAUCCAGAAUGAUUUUACCGGGGUCAAUAAUUGUCUCUGAUGGAUGGAGAGCGUAUACCAAUAUCGGUCGCUUAGAAGGAGGGGUGUAUGAACACAGGGUUGUGAUUCAUCAGCAAAAUUUUGUAGACCCUGAUGAUGAUAGUGUUCAUACACAGACCAUUGAAAGUGUGUGGAUGCGAGCAAAAAAGAAGCUCCGCAGGCAAUGCGGAACUUCUAGAGAUUUGUUCGAAUCAUAUCUGGACGAAUUUCAAUGGAGAGAGCGGAUAAAAAACAGGGACAGAUUCGUAGAGUUUUUAAUUUGUCUACAAGAACAGUUCGUAGUUUAGUUAAAUUUAAGAUUAGUUUAGUUAGUCGGUAGUAGAAUUUUUAGUUUAGUUUAAUUUGCUUUUUAGCAGAACAAUUCAUAGUUUAAUUAAAUUUAAAAUCAGUUGAUAUAGUUUAGUUUACACUUUUUAAUUAAGUUGUGUGUAUGUAUGUUUGUGUGUGUGUAUGUGUGUGUGUGUGUGUGUGUGUGUGUGUGUGUGUGUGUGUGUGUGUGUGUGUGUGUGUGUGUGUGUGUGUGUGAGUGUGUGUGUGUGUGAGAGAGAGAGAGAGAGAGAAAGAGAGAGAGAGUGAGAGAAUAUUAAGAAGCAGGUCAUUUAGCCAUAGUUUUUAAAAUUUUAUUUAUUAAAAGUAAGUGCUUACUAUAGUAUUUUUACUACAAAAGCGAUAUUACGUAGGUCAAAAUUUUUGACGUAAGAGAACUGUCAAAACAUUAGAAUGUGACUUUUCAUUAUAAUAACUUUUCAAGUGACUUUUCGUUUAUAAUAAACAUGGCAAUUCACAUUUUAAUGUUUUGACAGUUCUCUUACGUCAAAAAUUUUGACCUACGUAAUAUCGUGUUUGUAGUAAAAAUACUAUAUUAGGUAUCUUUGAAUGUGCUUAAAUUUAUUAUACAUUAUCACAUUUCACAUUCUUUGUGAUUUAUUAUUAAUGUAAUUACUUAUAUCCAAUUACAUAAUGUAUAGGUUGAACGUUUAAAGAAACAGAACUUAUUUUUUCCAACUUUUUUAUAAUGGUUUUGUAAUGUAAUAUUACAUGUGGUUCUAAAUAUUUUGACCAGUAAAUUGAUGUGUCUCCAUUUCUUUUUUAUAUACAAAUCAUAAUAAAAUGCUUUUAUACAAAGCAAAAUACAAUUCUUCAAUUUUUAAUAUAACACUUUAAAUAUAGUCUUCAUUUGGAAAAACAGUAGGUACAAGGUACAACUAAGAUUACCAAUUAACGUUGACGAAUAAUCAAAUAAAUCACUAUUCUACUAAUUCACAUAUUUGCACUUGGCACUGUGUAUAAUAUAUUAUGUGACCUUUUUAAGCUAAGUUUAUUACAUAUCUAUAAUUUGUAGAUCUGUAUAUUUCUUUUAAUUAAUUAUUAAUGUUCUGACAGUUUUAUGUAAAUUAUUUAUACUUAUUACAAAUAGCAAUUUUUUUUAAUUUCUGCGUUUGUCGGUUUGAUAAAUAAAACACAUUAUUAUCGCGAUAUUUGU